CAGUGACACGUUCUCUUUCAAGAUGGCAGCCACCACACACAAGAUGUUUCUCGUAGCUUGCCUUGUUUUUCUACCAAUUUUUGCUUCAGCGGACACCUGUCUAGGUCCCUCGGUCUCAGCUGAAACUUAUACCACCUCAGAAGUGACAGUCUCUACAGAAACAGUUUUUAUUGCUCAGUUUACUUUGACUUGUAAAAAUGGUCUACAGAAUGUAAAUCUUUAUGCUGAGGUAGCUGGUAGAAUGAUCCCCGCUGUAAAAACCAGUAAACCUAAUGAAUAUCAGAUCAGUAUUACUGAUGAAUAUAAAGCAUUAAGAUCAGGAACUUAUGAAGCUAAAUUUUAUGAUGAAGAAAGUUUCUCUGCUCUAAAGAAGGCCAAGAGAAACAAUGAAGAUAGUAACUCAGUAACACCAUUAUUUUCUAUUAAUAUUAGCCAUUCUGGUCUUUGGCAAGGAAGUUAUAUACAAAGUGAAUUUGUAGCUGCAUGUGUAGCCAUCUUGGUCUGGUGGUUAGCUUUUUCCGCAAAAUCCAAACUCAGCCCUUAAUUUAAAAAAUACAUUUUCUAGUUUCAUUUUGUAAAAUAUUUUAAUAAAAAUAAAUUCAUUCCUUUUAACUGUAA